AUGGCUGAAGGCGACGAGCCUCCGUCCCUCGGGGCAAAAUGGUCUAUUGAGUUUCACACUUGCGCCGUUUUCUUGGGCGGCUUCCCUGUGCUUCGAGGGGCGCCGGGCCAGACUAGUAUUCAGGGCUUCGAAAUGCCAGAUGAAACACGAUUCUGCAUAACGUUAGACCCUCCAGCCGGUCCACGCCUGCCGCUAGCCAUUGGUGUUAAGCAUCUGGUCUCGAUUGGGGUUUAUUACUGUGAAGAGAAGCCACUCCGAAUCGUCAGUCUAUGCUUACAAGAGAAGGUCUUCCGCAACACGGCUAAGCGUUUGCGUCUUCCCGUUCAGGAUCAAGAGAACGGGCCCGCCAAGUCGGCAUCUAGGAUCCUGUUGCUGGUCGCUGAUCCAUCUACAAACUUUGUGAGCUGCGAGACUGAUGGCGGACGUAAGCUCAGCAAGAGUUGGGCGGACUUUCUCGAGUUGCUGCGGACGCGCUUGUUGGUACAAAACGUCGACGACAAAACCCCGUUGCUGCCGUAUCCAGAAACACUAGACGAGAAGGGAUUGCUGCAAAUCUUGAGCGAAGAAGGGCUCACAUUCGAUCGCGCGUCCGGCAAAUUGACGCCCACACGCACGGAGGCAAUCGAGGCCGUAAGAAAGGAGCAGCUACCAGCAGAGUCUGCUCUCUACGAAACCGCAACGCCAGCACCGUCGAUUGCGGCCAACCUCAAUGCUACCAUUCGUCAGCCGCUGAUGGUCCCGCCAAGGGCACGACAAACGAACGGCGCUGCAACCGUAAAAAGACGCGUGAUAGUGCUCGAUGCCGGAGAUAUGCCCGUCGAAAAAGUGGCCAAGCCUUCGUUCAGCGGCGAGACAACGCUCACCGCCUAUCCACCGACGGGCCGGGAUAAAAUUGCGCUUUCGUUUGCCGAUAUGCGAGGGCUCCAGUACGGGCUGAUGCUCAACGACACGCUGAUCGACUUCUGGAUCCGCCUGGUGGCUGGGACGAUGAUGAGGCCUAAAGAUCGAAGCGACCGCGUCCACAUCAUGUCCAACUUCUUCCACCAAAAGCUCACGGCCGGCCUCGCCCACCACAAUUUGGCGAACAGACGCAUGCGGCUUAGGAAGAUCAUGGAGAACUAUAAAUCGAUCGCACGAUGGACUCGAAACGUCAACCUUUUCGAGAAGGACUACGUGGUCGUGCCGAUUGUCGACGAGUAUCACUGGUAUCUCGUAGUCGUGUCCAACCCCAGCGGGAUGAUCUUUUCGGCCUCCCAAGACUCCGCCGAACUGGAGGCUAACAAGGACACCAAUCUUGCCCAUGCGAUCGUCUUCGACUCGCUGCACAUGAACGCCGAUCCAAAGCGAAAAGCCAUUGUCCCCAUCCUGCGGGACUAUUUCGAGCUGGAAUGCGAGCAGAAGAUGCCGAAAGGAUGUUUUGCAAGGGAGCGCCUCGUGCCGAUUAUCGCCCCAGCCCCGCAACAGUCGAAUUUCGUCGACUGCGGCGUGUUCCUGUUGAAAUACGUCGAGGACUUCUUCAGCAAAUACCGCGAUCCGAGCACCGUCCCGAACAUUAAUUGGUCUACCUUCUUCGUCAACUAUAUGGUCCGAAUGCCCUGCUACCGUGAAUUUGUACGGGCAAAGGUUCGACAGCUCACCGACCCGGAGAAGUGGGCGGCCUUCGAGGAGUACGAAGAACAACAUCGCCGCGAUGUCGUCGCGCCCGAGACUAAGGAAGAGGUUGAGCAGCGCCUGCAGGACGCGCAGAUUGAUGUGGCACGACGCCCACGACGCCAUUCAUGCAGCAAGGAGCAAGAGCCGAACUGGAUGCUGCCCUCCAAAAACCGCCACGCCAACAUGCUGCGUCGAAGAAGAUACACCUCUCUACCGGCUUCCUUCGACGUCUUCAUCGCCGAGCCCAUGCCAAAAAUGGGGCCCGUCACGCGCGCGAAGGCCAAGCAGCGCCAUCUA